AUGCUAGAAAGUGAAUAUAGAAAAAGAUCUGGUAGAAUCGAAGUACAUACGCCCGAAAUUGUGGAAGAAAUCGUCGCCGAUAAUGCGUUACAUGACUCAAUUUAUGACAAGGUCAGAUUCUAAACUCUUAUUAAAUUUGCACUUUACAUUUGUGAAUAAUUUAAUUUAGCGUUAAUGAAGUGUCUUAGAUAUUUAUUUUCUGACUUUUGGAAUCGAAGUCGUUUAUGCUUUGAGUGUUUUAGAUCUUGAUGUUUUUUUAUAUAUUGAAAAGGAGAAUGCCUUGCCUCGAAUUAUUUUAAAUAAUUUUUAUAAAUCAAGUCGGAGAAGGUUGUGGAACUCGUGCUUGUUUAAUACACUCUUGACUGGAACGUUUGGAAAUUAUGUGCCUGAGAUUUUAAAAAAAUAAUAGUAAAUAUAUUUAUAGAAAGCAUCAAAAUUCCAUGCCACAUAUCUCGCUUUGCAAGAGAUACAACUACCUGAAAAAUUACAAGCAGAACUUCAACAUUCCGAGCGAAGCCCCUUCGUCAGGAAGCUAGUAGCUAACCAACCUUGUACCACAGAAUACUACACAGAAGUCCUUCUCCAUUUGCGUAAGCUCUAUUCGUUAAUAUUUCUUCACUCAGCAAGUGCCGUAAACAGAAGCAGUCACCCCCCUGGACGUGUGCCGUUUUUAGUAUUUCCAGGGGGUGACUGCUUCUGUUUACGGUACUUGCUGAGUGACGAAUCAUGACGAAUAGAGCUUACACAAAAAGCAAUGGAGAUAGACUUCUGUGUAGUAUUCUGUGCUUGUAUGCGGCUGGUCUCGUACCUCGUAAUAAAACAUACCAUUUUAAAAUACGUCAUUAGUCAUUACAUUUGUCCUGUCUUGUAAACGUUGAUACGCUUUGCACUGAUUUACUUGUUACUACAUGUCUUGUUUAUAAGAUUUUUAAAAGAAAUAAAUAUUAGCAAAAUAUUAGUAAACAUUUGAUAAUAGCCAAACAGAGAAAUGUCCAUAAGCAUAGUCGCAUAGAGGAAAUUUCAUUGAUUUAUCUUUAAAAUUUUGGAUUUCGUACAUAAUUCGUAUUCAGUAAUUAUAGUAAGACUUUAGACUUUCUCUUGGUCUCUAUUAAGGGACCAGUCAUUGGAGAAAAAGGGGGUGGGCCAUUUUCAUGCUUGCAAAAAAGGGUGGGCCAGAGAAAAUUAUGCACUACAUUAGAGGUGGUCAUGUGUGAAUAUGUUUCAAUUUACACUGUUAAUUAACCCAUAAGCUUUCCCCUUGGUGAGAAAAAUAGUCUGCCGUUAGACAGAGUAAAAUAAUAAAGUGGCGUGCAUCAGGGUGCACUGCAACUCAGUGGGUUAACUGCUAAGGAUUAUUCAAGCUCACACAAUGCAUGACCAACCUAAACUUUUCAUAUUACAUGAACUUUUAAAAUGUAUAUAUGAACGCAGUGUACUAGACUUGUUAGAGGACCAGUAUUCAAAAUGGUUGUUAUAUACUCCGGCUCCUAUGGUGAACAUAUAUGUCAAUAAAUGUAAACUAUGGAAACUACGAUUAUAGGAACUAAAAAAGGUGAAAUAUUUUGUGGGACAUGAUAUAAAAGGCGAGAGCUUGAAAAUGAGCAGGAAAGGCAACCCAUGUACGUGUUUCAACAUAAUUACAGUCUUCUUCAGCAGGGUUUUUUAAGGGGAUUGUAGGUAAAAUUUGCAGAGGAGAAGGAAGGAGUUCGGAUAAUAAUGUGAGACCACAAGAAAAAAUUAUUACGAAGUUAUUGAAAAUAAUAAUAAAUUUAACCCAGUAUUAAUAAAAAUGAAAGGUGGAAAGAUAGUGAAAAAUGAUAUAACUACUACAUGUUGUUGGUCAAGUUAUCCUACCAAAGGUCUUGUUAGUGCAGGACAUUUCAACACCACAUAUUUUAUUGUUUAUCUUUUCAGUUAAGUAUAGGAUAAACACCGAGAAAGAGGAAUUUAUGUCAGAUAAUGACAUUAUCUUGACAUUAUCUGUCAUAAAUCCCGACUUUCAAGGUGUUUAUCAUAUUUAAUUCGAUCAUCAUAAGGAAGUUUUCCAACAAAGUUUUGUCUGCUUUGAAGGGGAGAGUGCUGCCACUUAAUAGUUGACUUAUAUUCAUGAGCUCAAUCUUCCCUAACUUUUUUUAGGACAAGUUGAGUCAAAGAUACCCGAGGUCAGCAAGUGCACCAAUCCCGAAAUCUCGCAGUCGAACAUCAUCUUCUAGUCACUUCCCUGUGAGGUCAGGUGCGAGCUCAACCAUACCCUUGCAUGGUUGUCGCAUACAGACCUGGUUGAACGAGGACUCCAUCAAAGACAUACAGGUAACAUGCAAGCCCUUCAAAACUGCUUUAAUAAUAGAUAAUUCCCAUUAUAGAGUAAUUUUAAAACUAGGCAAGGAGAUUCAAGCUAGAAAGAGCACACUAAAAAUUGCAAAGUUUGAUUUCAAUAUAUUGUUGUAAAUUGCAUGUUGAGCUAUAAAUAGCAAAUCUGUUCCCAUUUUGUUCCUAAGUUGUACUGUAUUUGAUCUGUAUAGCUAGAUAAAAACUUAAUUUAUUGUUACUGAAUUCCAUUCACAUUUGAGUUUGUUACAGCAUUAAAGCCCUGUUUAACCACGCUCAAUUUUUGGUACGGCACGGACUACCUAUUUAGUCCAAGAACCAAAAAAGUGGUUUGAUUGCAUGCAUAUUAACAGAGUAUUUUUUCAUCAAUGAAAGUCGAUAAAAAAUCGAUGAUAAAUCAAUGAAAGUCGCAGCAAACAAGCCAUCGAUUAUUCAUCGAUUUCCAAUAUCAAUUGAUUAAUAAAUAUCGAUUGGUAUUGAUUGAUAUCGAUACUCAUCGAUUAUCGAUUUUAUCGAUUACGUACGCUGGGGUUAAGAACGCAAAUAAUUCGAUUUGUUCAUAUUAAUUAGGGUUUUAACUUUCGAAUAACGCCAGUUUCUUAUAUCAUUCCAAGCACAAUUGAUCAAAUAUACGAGCCGAUGCAAAAUUGUCGGUCAAAAUCACAUUUUCCCACUUUUGUGCAUAAUUAAAGAUGGUACUGACACUUUAAUAGACAACUUGCAUGUUAGACAAAUUUUUUAUCUAACCGAUCUAGGCAAAAAAAAAAGUAAAUUCCCGUUAAGAACUUAUUAAAAUUAGUAAACUUGCAAAAUUUGGUUGCGAAAUGUUGUAAAGCUUGGGAAAUAUAGCCUUGCAAAGUUUGCAUAUUUUCAGUACUGUAUAUUUGUAUUACGUGCGGAAAUUGUUACCAUUUUUGAGCCGAAAAUGGUAACAAUUUCAACUCGUAAUACAAAUAUACUGAAAAUAUGCAAACUUUGCAAGGCUAUAUUUUCCAAGCUUUACAACAUUUCGCAGCCAUAUGUUGCACUUUUACUAAUUUCAGUAUGUUCUUUUUAGCUGUAGUGUUUGAUUCCCUUUCCUAUGCUUAGAUUAAAAUUUAGUCUAACAUGCAAGUUGUCCAAUGGAACUGAGUCUGAAGAAAACUAGACCAAUGACUGCCAUUAGUGAGCUUAAGAUCGCAAUGUUUUUGUCAACACGGACGUCAGUUCGUCGAGGGGGACUGGAUUAAAAACUGUGUUUUUAAUAAGAUUUUUAAAGUUUUUUGCUUCCUUAGACGAGCGCUAUGAUGCAAAAUGCCGUCAAAAUUAGUCCUACCAAUUUUUGGGUGACGUCCGUGUUGGGGACGAAACGGCAUGGGGACGAAACGGCAAGGGGACGAAACGACGCUUUACAGUCAACUCGGCCCACUAACCAACUCGGCCCACUGUUCAAGGGCCAACUCCACCUGCUUGUAAACUGACUAACCUAACCGCUAAACAAGCUAGGAGCCUUGACUGGGUUCUAUCUUUGCAAAUGUUGAGAGAGAUUUGAAUGGUCAGUAAUUUAGUAUCAAAAUGGACAGAUCGAGAAUUUGAAACUUGGAUAGACUCUUUAAUUAAAUUAAGUCAAACUGGAUGUUGUCAAACUUUACUCAUCUGUACGGCUAAUGCAACUGCAAAUGGCUGUAUUGGUUUGGUGCUAUCUUUUGUGAAAUAUUAGCUUUCCUAAUAUGUCAAACAGUAGUUAACAAUUGGGCCAACAUGGUAUGGGCCGAGUUGGUCAGUGGGCCGAGUUGACCAGCUUCCGAAACGACCAUAAAGUGUAGUGAUCUGUCUUGGUCAAAAGAUUAUGUGUACUGAUCUGUCUUGGUCAUAAGAUUGUGUGUCGUGGUCAAAAUAUUGUGUGUCGUGAUCUGUCUGGUCGGCGAAUCGCACAAGUAGUACGUUGCAUUUUGUCCAAAAACUUUGUUCAGAUCAACAAAUGUCUUCUCUGCUAUUUAGACUGCUAAUAUGCAGUAACUACUUCGACAAAUGUUUUGUCGGUUAAUUCGACUGCUGUACAAUUCAGCGAUCAAUUGCAGCGAUUUAACAAUAAUACUCUUCAAUGGCGAAACUACGAUGAGUCGAUGACAGAACAAUCGCCUGUUGUCAAUGCGUACACAAUAAGGUAUCAUAGUUUUACCUACACCAGUCAUCGUUUCAUCUCUACAAUAUUUAACAAAUGUUCAAUUGCCGAUUGUUGUUCCUUAUUUUGAAUAAUGAUACUGCCGCCAUUUCUUAAAUGAUUUAGUGGUUUCUCAAUCCUCCUGAAGUUCCCCAUUUAAGGAGGCUCCCUACAGUUGCGUGCGGGAUGUUCGCGGGACCAGUACGUGAACUAUCCCACGCAACCGCAUGAUCAAAACAAAACAAAAAUUGACCACGCUUUUUUUAAAAAUAAAGCUAUUUCUGAAAGGUUUCUAAUGGAAAAAAGCGUUGAAUAAUACUUCGAUUUGAGUGCCAAAUCACUUGCGAGUCUAUACAGCAAUUCUACAUAUGAUACGAAUAUCACUAAACCAAAAAAUAGCUACGAAACAAUGUUUUUUUAAUUUUUUUUAAUAUACACUGUCAACUGUAAAACAUUUGCAAAAUUGCAUACAAACGUUUAAAAAGUUAUUUAUUUCUCAAGAAAACGUUCACGUCUUUAGUCGUGUGUCUACAAGAUUAAAGUGAUUAUAUGUAAACAGAAAAAUAUUUCAGUUUCAUAGCCUAAUUGUUCAUUUUUAGCAAAAAGUACAAAACCAAACAUGAAACAAAAAAACACGUCCACCUGUUAAUAGGCUGUUACAGCUCAUAGAUUGAGUAAACGGCAGGGUUUAAUUAGCUUCAACCUUGUUUUCAUCGAUUUGAUCCUUCACAUUAAUCCUUGGCUGUCCAUGGCACUCAAAUAAAUCGAAAAGUUGACAAAAACAAAACAGUAAAAACAACAUUUCCGCUCGAUUUUGCUGAAUGAAAACUCGUUCUGCGCCCGCGUACAAUCUUUUACUAGUCAGCGACGCUUUUCAAUAAGGGGAAUUUCUCGAGUUACACGAGGCUAUUUUCUAACUUUGUUUGCAUUUUACUCAUUAGUUUCAUCGGUGACCUAUCUUCAAAUUUUGACCACGAAUUUAUUUUGCGGUAAAUUAUAUAAAUUUCAAUUUUUAAAAAAAUCUGUAGUGUGGAAAUAUCGCAAUAAAAUUUUCGCUUUUAAAAAAAUCACACACUACAGAAUUUUUUUAAACUUUCACCACAGUUGCAGAACAUCAUUCCCUAUUGAUACAUGAAAUAAAAAAGAUAGGUCACCGACAUCGUUUUUGAGAUAGCGGCACAUUUAUGGGUUAAAUUGGAAGGUUUUGUGCUGUCGUCAUGUUGCCAUGGUAACACUGACGUUGUCGAAAUCUAGUUCGAAAUAUUCCUUAGGUGACCAAUAUUGUCACCAAGUCGAAACGAAUUCGCGUUCUGCACAAAUAAGCCUGUUUUACGGAAUUAUUGGGUAAACAAGAAUAACUGUAGGGAGCCACCUUAAAGGUCUGUUUACACUUGCGAUUUUUGCUGUGAUUUCUAGUACGAUUUUCGUCUUCUGAUGCAUGUUAACGAGUAGAUGAGUAUGAAUGUUCCGAGUAUAUGUACACUCAUGUCAACAUUCAUUAUUCUUCCACUCGUUCACAUCCAGCAGAGGAAGAAAGUCGCACGUAAAAUCGCAGCAAAAAUUGCAAGUGUAAACCUGCCUUAAUGAAUCUUGUUUAAUAAUACAUUCAUAUGUGAACAAAACAAUACUCAUAUAUGUAAACCAACGAAUAGUACAGGUCUUUCGGCAGGCGGUAUUUCAAGCUUCCCUCCGUUCGCCAGCCCGUUAAUACCGCCUGUUCUCCUUUCUCCUGUCACAACUUCUCUUUGUAAGCUUAUUAUAUUGUAAACGUAUGUGCGUGAUAUGUAAAUAACAUGUAAACUGUGACACGCUUAUCAUGCUAAAGUUUGAUUGGGUUAACCGUUAAUGCACCCUGUACUGCUUAAUUAUGCACAAGAGUGGAUAUAUGAGGUUUGGACCGGCAAUUUUUAAUCAGCUCGUAUAUAUGGUCAAUUGUGAUUGGAAUUAUACAAAAAAAAGGUAUCAUUCAAGUUAAAGCCUCAAUUUUUAGUGGAUUUUUUAUACAACCUGUGUUAGACCUAACCGGGAGCAGUUGUGAAAAAUGCAACUACAGGCAAAUUUGGCAGGAAUCGAAUCUGCUGCCCUGCGAUUCAGAUGCAGCGUUCUAACCAACUGAGCUACAGAGUCCAGUUGACGAUCUUUAACCGCAAGUUCAUGUGUAUAUGGUAAACUAUUCACAUCACUCCCUUUCACGCUCGUUUAAAGAGGGGAAAAAUUAGCAACCGCGCUCUGCAGUGCAUAGAAACAGUCACGGGUUGGGGGUAGGGUGGAGAGAGAGAAAGAGAAAGGGGUCCAGAGACCGCUAGGCUAGCUCCAUGAAUGCGAGCCGAUUUCAUUAAUUGUCGGAUUCUUAUAUUCGCUGUGCAAGGGACUGGUGCGAAUACUGGUGAUGCCAAUGUAUAAGUUGUAUGGGUAAAUAUUAGGAUUUUGGACAUCUCACUCGAUAAAACUAGUUGUUGAAGGCAUUUGUAGAUGAACAUUAAUCGUGUAAUUUUUAUGCGCGUAUUAGACCUAACCAUGCAGGAGCAGUUGCGCAAAAGGCAUCUGUAAGUCCCAGCUGGUGCUAAAAUAGUUUAGUUAUAACAUGGAUUGUAAAAUAACUGGAUAGGAAACUUCCUGACGUCACAGUCUAAACCUAGUUGCAAUCUGUGACGUCACGUGUAUUGCCAAAGUUCUCGGCAUUUUUGUUGUUUCGCUAUAUUUUCCGCUUUAAAAGAGUAAUAUUGAAGCAUAAACUGGUCUAAUUGUUUUAAAAACAUGCCUGAGCCACGUCAAAGUAUUCAAGGUAAAUGUUUUUCGUCUUUGUUUUGUAUUUUUUUUACAUUUGUAGCUACGAAAUUGGCGUCGCCAAUUUUAACGAAAUUUGCGAUGCAUUUUUCACUGUUUAGUGCUUGAAAUAUUUGCUAAAAUUGACCGGGAAUACUUAGAGAUUUCAUCGUAGAAUGGCUUAGUUAUAUUUAUUUGCUCUUUGACUAAAAUGUUUAGCUGUAUUAUCGCUAAACAUGCCGUUUUGAGAAUUUUGUGUGCAACUAGGCUUCAACGCCAUUAUCCCAUUGAAAACAUUUAAUAGGUCACGUCAGCUAGUUUCCUAUCCAUGUAUUUUAUUAUCCAUGGUUAUAAUAAGUAUAAAAGGGUAUUAAGUUUUUGUUCAGCAAUAAUGAUUUCUAAAACAUGUACUUGGUAUUUUCUUAAGGAAAGUUCAAACUUUGAGUCAAGAUCAGUGCGAAAUCUUUACAGAACAGUUCUUGACAACGAGGAGAGUCUUGUGCAUGAUGUUGAUGCGUUCUUGGAAUAUGUUGAUAUUGCAAAUGAGAAUAGGAGAGUAGAGUUGUUCAAGAAAUGGUCGGAACGAGUUUACACUCCGCUACAG